GGGCGAAGUCCUGACGCCAAGGCACCGCCCCCCCGCCCGCCCGCCCCCCAGAACCACAGUCAACACCGCCGUCGCCGCCCCUGCUCCGACCCGGCAGCCAGCUCGCCCGCCCGCCCGCCGGCCCCCUCGGGACCAUGCCCCAGACCGCGGCCCCCGGGCUCGGUCCCCGCCGCCCCCUGGCCGCCGCCGCCCCUGCCGGCAAAGCCCGCCUCACGCACCCCGGAAAGGCCAUCCUGGCAGGCGGCCUGGCCGGCGGCAUCGAGAUCUGCAUCACCUUCCCCACCGAAUACGUGAAGACGCAGCUGCAGCUCGACGAGAAGGCCAACCCCCCUCGCUACCGGGGCAUAGGGGACUGUGUGAAGCAGACCGUCCGCAGCCAUGGCGUCCUGGGCCUCUACCGAGGCCUCAGCUCUCUUCUCUAUGGCUCCAUCCCUAAGGCAGCUGUCAGGUUUGGGAUGUUCGAAUUCCUCAGUAACCAAAUGCGGGACGCCCAGGGCCGGCUGGACAGUACUCGAGGGCUGCUGUGCGGGCUGGGGGCCGGCGUGGCCGAGGCUGUGGUGGUCGUGUGCCCCAUGGAGACCAUCAAGGUGAAAUUCAUCCACGACCAGUGCUCCGCCAACCCCAAGUACCGCGGUUUCUUCCAUGGCGUGAGGGAGAUCGUCCGGGAACAAGGUCUGAAGGGCACCUACCAGGGCCUGACGGCCACCGUGCUGAAACAAGGCUCCAACCAGGCUAUCCGAUUCUUUGUCAUGACCUCCCUCCGCAACUGGUACCGAGGGGAUGACCCCAACAAGCCCAUGAACCCCAUGGUGACGGGAGUGUUCGGAGCCAUCGCUGGGGCCGCCAGCGUCUUUGGAAACACCCCGCUGGAUGUGAUCAAGACCCGGAUGCAGGGUCUGGAGGCUCAUAAGUACAAGAGCACGUGGGACUGUGGCUACCAGAUCAUGAAGCAUGAGGGCCUCAAGGCCUUCUACAAGGGCACUGUGCCCCGCCUGGGCCGGGUCUGCCUGGAUGUGGCCAUCGUCUUCAUCAUCUACGAUGAGGUGGUCAAACUCCUCAACAAAGUGUGGAAGACAGACUGAGGCAGAGGCUGCUGCUGGACAGCCCCACGGCCCACAACAUGGGGCUGGGGCUGGGGCAGGCAGGAGGCCAGAGGCUUGUUGGGGCUGGGCCCCAGGCUCGGAGCCCUGGCCCUGCUUUAUCUAUUCCCGAGAGCCCCUGGGGCCAGGGCCCACGACAGACAGGGGGCUUGAGCCUGAGCUGCCCGGGGAAGGGGUCUCCCCAGCUCUAGCCCCCUUCCCCACUCCCCACUGUGAGUAGAGCAGAGGCUUGACUGGCCUUCAUGUACCCACCCUUUGGCCUCUGUCCUGCCUCUACUUCCCCUUCCCCCCUCCAUUUUUCUUCCAAGACAUCUGGGGGAAGGGUCUAGCUCCCCCUGCACCCCCAGAAUCCCGUGAUUCCAGUGCGACGUGCCAAACAGAUCUUGUCCCGUGGAUUCCGUGUCGGUGUCUGUGUUCUGUGUUCCAUGUUUUGUGUGUAUCUGUGUGUCUGUGUCUAACGUGUGUGUCCACCGCUGGUUCUUCCAGCUCUCUCCCCAUUGACCACGACCACCAAUAAGCCCGUGCCUUUGAAGCUCCAGGCCUCCCUGGGGAGGAGGCAGGGGAAUCCCCCCAGGGAGCAGGGGGCCACUCCCCAGGACCAAAUCCUUCUCUUUCCCUGGGCCGGAGAGAGUGUGAGAUCCCAGCCCUUCCCCCGCCACACCACACACCAAAGCUGCCUCUGGGGGUGCGGCCCCCAAAGCCAUCGGUGCCCUUACCCUGGGCCUGUGGGGUCCUCCACCACUCUGGCUUGGUGGGGGCUAGGCUGAGCCACAUGUCAUGGGACCAAGGUCUGUGUGUGUGGCGGGGUAAAGGGGGAAGCAGAUUGGGUCCCCAGCCUGAGCAGGACGGGCCCCUCAACCCCAGUCCACUUCCUGCCACUUUCUCAGGUUUUCCAAUAGAAUAAACCGGAAACUGGUCUCAGA